CUGCUGAUAGACCGGUGUUGUAUUACAAUACAAACCAUAAUUCCUGUUUCACAACUCCUCUUGUGGGUUUUAAGGAGGGCCGGGGCGGUCCUGCCCCAGUGCGAGAGCGGCGUGGGCACAGCGCAGGCACCGGGCUGCGGGAGCAUCGCCGGCCGGCUCCAGGGCAUCGGGGCAGCCGCAGCCUCCCCGUGUCCCGCACAGGGGACAUUUGCACGGUUUCUGCCGGCAGAGGGACCACGUCGGAGCUGGAUGGACAUGGACUCGGCCUCAGAGCGGCUCAACGGCAGAGGUCCCUGCAUGAGACCCAAAUCCUCCAGGGCACCGGAGUCGUUCAAGCGGGUCGGGAUCCUCGUCCUGGCCGUGGUGCUCACCCUUGCCUGCCUGGUCGCCAUCGGGUUCCUGGUGAAAUUUUACCUGGAGCACCACUACCUGUUCUGCAAGCAGCCCCUAAAGCUGGUGCCGCUGCAGCGGGUGUGUGACGGACAGCUGGACUGUCUGCAGGGCGAGGACGAGGCCAACUGUCCCCAGUGGGUCCCCGAGGGGCCACCAGCCUGGGCCCGCGUUUCCAAAGACAGAUCCAUCCUGCAGGUGCUCAACAGUCACACUGGAGCCUGGUCCUGUGUGUGCCAUGACCACUUCACCCCGGCGCUGGCCAGAGCUGCCUGUGAGCAGAUGGGCUACAGCAGCACCCCAACAUUCCAGGGGGUGGAGGUGAGCGAGGGGCAGCCGCUGCCUCCCCGUGAGGUCAUGCUGAGCGACGGGAGCCUCCAGGUGCUUGAGCCAGGCAGGAAAUGCCUCUCGGGGUUGGUUGUGUCACUCUUCUGUUCCAACUGCGGGCAGAGCGUGAGGACCCCGCGGGUGCUGGGGGGCAGCCCGGCUGCCAUCGAGGCGUGGCCCUGGCAGGUCAGUUUGCAGUACAGGAAGGAGCACAUCUGCGGGGGCAGCAUCAUCGGGCCCGGCUGGGUGCUGACGGCCGCGCACUGCUUCAAGAACAACCCCAUCAUCCAGAGCUGGCGUGUCAAAGCUGGCUCUGACCUCCUGUCGGGCGCUGCCACCUUGGCCGUGGAGAAGGUGUUCCUGGCAGAGGUGACACCUGCGUCUCCCAAGGACAAUGACAUCGCCCUGGUGAAGCUGCGCUCUCCCGUGCACGACUCAGACAGCACCAAGCCCAUCUGCCUGCCCUAUUUUGAUGAGGAGCUGGUGCCUGGCACACCCCUGUGGGUGAUCGGCUGGGGCUACACAGAGGAGCACGGGAAGCUGUCGGAGCACCUGCAGCAGGCAGAGGUGGUGCUCAUCGAUGAGCGGAGCUGCAACCUGGCCGCCUACCACGGCGAUGUCACCGACAGGAUGCUGUGUGCCGGCCUGCCCCAGGGUGGCGUAGACACCUGCCAGGGGGACAGCGGCGGGCCCCUGCUGUACUCAGGUGGGCACUGGCAGGUCGUGGGCAUCGUCAGCUGGGGCCAGGGCUGCGGCACCCCCAGCACACCCGGUGUCUACACCAGUGUCCGUGCCUACCUCGACUGGAUCUCCUCCGUGCGCAGGCACACACCCCCUCCCCAAAAAGCCCCAGAAAGCCUCUGCAGCCCCCCCAAAGCCCCCGAGGUGACAGCAGGGACCCCACUGGUGCUGGCACAAGCCACCGAGGCAGCCCGCUCCCCCGGAGCAGCAGUGUGCACACGGAGUUACAUUCCUAAAAACUGCUUGUGGCGGUGGCAGUGUCACAACACCUGGCACCAGAGCGCCUUCCACCCCGGGGUGGUGGCAGAGCCAUGCAGGGCACCUCACACCUCCAGAGACGUAGCUCAGACUCGCUGUCCCCAGCUUGCAGCACCCCUCAUCCCCGAGCACCUCACCAUCAAAGCCAAGGAAACCUCACACCCACCCCCGCUGCUUCCUCCCGUCCUCCUGCGCCAUUCCAUCUGCACGGCCAGCUCUGAGCAUCCCCACCCUGCUCCAGAAACCUUCUGGAUGCAGCAGGCAGCUCCCAGCCACCUCAGCUCAGCCCCGCCAGCACCCAGCCUGUCACCCCACCCUCCGGGCACGCCGGGACCCCCGGUGCCGAGCACCCGGCCCCAGGCACCCACCCACCCACCCGGCCCUGUCCUGCCUGCCCGGCACCCUCUUGCCUGUGCUCAGAGCGGAGCCGGCGGCUCCCUCUGCCCCAGCAGCCUCCCAGUCCGAGUCCGCGAGAAGCUCCCAGUCCCUCCGGCAGCCGCAGCCUUGUCCGAGAAGCAGUGCAGGUUGCAGGCACGUGUGUAA